CUGUGUUAGUCGGACUAACAGUAGCCGUUUGCUUCCCUCUUCCUAAAAUAGCUCUGGGAAGAUUAGCUACUAAACUAGACUGACUACUCGAUAUUACGAAAGAAAACAAAAACAAAAUAGGUUUCCUUCGAGUUCCGAUUUACGUUAAAGGAUCGCCUUUAUUUACUCAGCUUUGAAGAGUCGACCAGCUUCUGCUGGAGUCGAAUAUCGCCAUGGCGCCUUCAUUUCUAAAUUUUAAGGACUUUCGACGACGGUCGCGAGCUAGUAUCCGCACCGAUCGCUCUACCGACACCUCGAGUUACGACGACCACCAUAGCCAGAAUACUACUCCUACCAACGGUUCUAUUACACCGCCUUCUAUUACGGCCAAUUCUGAUCCGGCGCUUAAUGCCCAGCUGAAGGACCAGCCGCAACCUCCUCCAAUUCCUGCCAAUAGACCACCACCUCAACCUAAUUCUAACAACAGAUAUAGUGUAUCUGGAAUGGCUGGGUUAGGGUCCCCUGCACUAAACGGCAAAUCCUCACUACCCGUGUCGCAAUAUGCUCCUCGAAUUACUAAUCUUGGAGAAAAUACAUGGGUCUCGCAAAAGAUUCUUCUCAUCAAUGGCAUGGUAGGGGAACCAGGACAACGGUCGCUCGAGGGGUCUGUUACGGUUUGUAGGCUAGACGAUGGAUUCCCGCCCACGCACUGGCCAGUCUGCGAGUCGCAGUUCAAAGCUAUGGUCUACCUUGUGCCUGGAGCAAAUAGACUUCGUUUCGAUUUUUCGAGUCCGAAGCUUGCCAACAGCGGUUCUUCGAACCCGAUCCAUUCGUCGUAUCUUACGGUACACAUGGUCCCUCCGAUGAACUCGCCACCGCUACAGCUUGCCAUUCUGCUCGCGAAGGAUUCUCCGGGCACAUUCGACGCAGUUCCUACCCGAGCGGAGAGGGAAGGAAAUGAUCUCGACACAGCUAUUCGCAAGUUCCGAAUGGCGGCUUACCUAUGGCAAGCGUUCACGGCUGAGCAGAUGUGGAGAAAUAAGCUUGGGCGGCGCGUAUUCAGGUUCGAAGAGGAAUGGACUACUGGUACCUGCAACUACCGGGAUAGGGAAAUGGGCAUGAUGCGGUCAGAGGCGCGCAUCCACGUCAUCCGAUCGGACAAGACGAUGGCCGAGAUAAGAGACCUAGAUAUCGCGCAGCAAAACCCUAACGCGGCAAAGAAGGGCGACCUUUAUGGUAUUGCGGCUGAUGCGCUCAAGAAAUAUUUCAAGCCACUCCCGGGACAGACGCAGUACGUUUCGGUGCUGAUACUGGACUCGCACUGGGAUACGCAAUCCAAGAUCGUCACUGGGCAUGCAGCCUUGGGCGGGAAUUCCGGUGAUCUACACAUGGCAAUCUUCGGUUCCCAUGCUCUGCAAAGCUACCCUACGAGCUUUGAAGAGGUUGUCCCGGCAUUUACUGAUUGUACGCCUACUGAUACUAACUUUGUUGCCAACGAUUGCAAUGAAUCUGGAAGCUCCUGGGAAGCUGCGAAUAUCGGCAUUGGCGCCCAUCUUCACGAGACCGGCCACCUUUUCGGAUGUCCGCAUCAGGAAAAUGGUGUUAUGUUAAGGGACUAUGUCACGUUGAAUCGUACAUUCGUGGCCCAUGAGGCUUAUUCCACUCGAACUAAGUCGAAAGGGGGUCCGGUAGCUCAGGCUAACGAAUGUACCUGGCACCGUCUUGAUUGUCUACGAUUCCGCAGCCACCCGUGCUUUAGGCUACCUAAUGAUCCGCUCUUAAACCCAGACGCGAGUGUCCAAGCUUGGCCAGUCGAAAAUGGGCACGUCCAGAUAACAGCAGCUACGGGAGUGUCAUUUAUAGAGAUCUAUCCGGAAGGUGACGAUCUCUGCCAUACUUGGAUCGAAUAUCCGUUGGAAAGCGGUCCCGUGCAGCGAAAUCUAACCCUUACAGAGCAAGAACUUCGGGACAGACUCCCAGAGAAAAAGCGACGGUCGAAGAUAAAGGUUUGCGUCAAAUCACACGGUGGCGGAAAUCUCGAUAUAGAUGACUUCCAUAGCCUAUGCUCGAAGGCAUCUUCCCUAAAGAUAUCUUUCGGCAAAUCAGCAUAUCGAAGUGUUAAGCUCGGCUUUUCGCAGAUGGAAGGGAGCGAGCCGCAUGAGUUCCUUUUCACGAGUGUCACGCAAAAAACCCGAGUUCUUUCUCGCGUGGUAAUCUAUCAUGGAUUCGCUGUAGACGGACUAGAGUUCUUCUACGACGACGAUUCAAGUCAAUUGUUCGGAAAGCGCGGAGGCAAACCUGGCGGCGAUACGUUUGAAAUGGAUAUUCGACGCGGCGAAUACAUCACUGGCUUCUUCGUGAGGUCCGGUCUAUGGAUAGAUGGAAUCCAGAUCCUAACGAGUUUUGGAAGGAAGUCGCCCAUCUACGGCAAUGCGCAUGGCGGAUCUCCUCACACGCUUCUUCCACCACGCGGCUACACAGUCUGUGGAGUGACAGGAUCCUGUGCAGCGUGGGUUGACGGUUUUGGCGUCCUCAUCGCGCGAUGAAUAAGCCAUUCGGUAUAAACUCCGAAUGAAGGAUAGGGAUAA